UAUUAAUUAAGAGAGAGAGAGAAAAAGAUAAAAGAAUUAUGAUCAACUCCACCCAAUCCAUUUGAUUUUCAAUAAUCUCUCUCUACUCUGUCUCUCUUUUUCUUCACCGGCACUGUUGUUCCUCCUUUCUGUAUAAAUCUUCUAUUUCAAGCCAGUUCGAAUGUUCUUGUUCUUACACUCAACACUACCCACAUCGUUUCUGAUUCAGUCCAUAAAACAAAAAAAAAACCAAACACCUUUUUUUUGGUGCAAUAUCAUUGACCAUUCAAAAUCGUACUACGUAUAAAAAAAUAUUUCUCUUUGAUUUUAACAAAGUAAAUGACAUGCUUGUUUGUUAAUUUUUUAUUUGCGCGAGUGAAAUGCGGAACAGCCAGCGAUUUUUCAAGACGAUGGGAAAAUCGCCGGCGAUUUGAUGGAAUCCGCACUGUCUAGUCUUACAGUUUUGGACAUUUCAUGGAGGUUUUUAUAAACAAGUGUAGUUCAUGUUCCGUACCUAGAUUUGAUACUAAGCUCAAAUUCACACUCGUUGUUUUCGAGAUUGCGUUGAUAUUGUUAUGCUUUCUAGCUAUUAAUGCUGAAAGCCACGACCACCAAUUGCAACAGCAAAGUGCAGAGAGGGGAAGUGAAAAUAUUAUAUCACAUUCAUGCAUUCACGACCAGAUUAUUGAAGAGAGGAAACGACCUGGUCGCCAGGUGUACUCUGUUACCCCACAGAUUUAUGGUCAGUCUGGUAUCUCUAAACCCCUUCAUCGCAAAGGGAGGGCAUUGCUUGGAAUUUCAGAAUCAUCGUUACAGCAAAAAGAUGUAAAGCAACCAAUUAGGAUAUUUUUAAAUUAUGAUGCGGUUGGUCACUCACCUGACAGAGAUUGCCGAAAAGUUGGUGACAUUGUGAAGCUAGGGGAGCCUCCAGUGGCUUCUCGUCCUGGCACUCCUUGCAAUCCCCAUGGCGAUCCUCCACUUUAUGGUGAUUGCUGGUACAAUUGCACCGUGGAUGAUAUUUCUGGAAAGGACAAAAAGCAUCGGCUUCGCAAGGCUCUGGGGCAGACAGGUGAUUGGUUUAGGAGAGCAUUGGCUGUUGAGCCUGUAAAGGGUAACUUGCGGUUAAGUGGAUAUUCUGCAUGUGGGCAAGAUGGAGGCGUACAACUUCCACGUGGAUAUGUUGAGGAGGGUGUUGCUGAUGCGGACUUGGUUCUUUUGGUGACUACAAGACCAACCACUGGCAACACUCUUGCAUGGGCAGUGGCAUGUGAACGCGAUCAAUGGGGCCGUGCAGUUGCUGGACAUGUGAAUGUUGCCCCUCGCCAUUUGACAGCUGAAGCAGAGACUUUACUUUCAGCUACCCUCAUUCAUGAGGUUAUGCAUGUCUUAGGUUUUGAUCCUCACGCCUUUUCCCAUUUUAGGGAUGACAGAAAGAGAAGGCGCAGCCAGGUCACUGAACAACUCAUGGAUGAAAAGCUUGGCCGGAUGGUAACGCGUGUGGUUCUUCCACGUGUUGUCAUGCACUCGCGAAAUCAUUAUGGGGCAUUCUCCGAAAAUUUAACAGGAUUAGAACUUGAAGAUGGGGGAGGACGUGGCACAUCAGGGUCACAUUGGGAAAAGAGGCUUCUGAUGAAUGAAAUAAUGACAGGAUCUGUGGAUACAAGAUCGGUAGUUUCAAAAAUGACACUAGCUCUGUUGGAAGAUAGUGGAUGGUACCAGGCUAACUAUAGCAUGGCAGAUCAUCUUGACUGGGGUCGAAAUCAAGGAACUGACUUUGUUACAUCCCCUUGCAACCUCUGGAAGGGGGCAUAUCAUUGCAAUGCUACCCAGUUGUCAGGCUGUACAUACAACAGGGAGGCAGAGGGUUAUUGUCCGAUUGUAAGUUACACUGGGGAUCUCCCCCAGUGGGCUCGUUACUUUCCACAGGCAAAUAAAGGUGGGCAGUCAUCGUUGGCCGACUACUGUACUUAUUUUGUGGCGUAUUCUGAUGGAUCUUGUACAGACACAAACAGCGCAAGAGCACCAGAUAGAAUGUUAGGUGAAGUGCGAGGGAGUAGCUCCAGGUGUAUGGCCUCAUCAUUAGUACGUACUGGAUUUGUCAGGGGCUCAAUGACCCAAGGAAAUGGUUGUUAUCAGCACAGAUGUGUAAAUAACUCCCUCGAGGUUGCUGUGGAUGGUAUUUGGAAAGUUUGCCCGGAAGCUGGAGGACCAGUUCAAUUCCCUGGCUUUAAUGGGGAGCUGAUUUGUCCUGCUUACCAGGAGCUCUGCAGUACAGGUUCAGUCUCUGUACCUGGACAGUGCCCCAGCUCUUGUAAUUUUAAUGGGGACUGUAUAGAUGGAAGGUGUCACUGUUUCAUAGGGUUUCACAGUCAUGAUUGCAGUAAACGCUUCUGUCCGGGGAAUUGCAAUGGUCAGGGUAAGUGCCUUUCAAAUGGGAUCUGCCAAUGUGAAAAUGGUUACACUGGCAUCGACUGCUCUACUGCUGUUUGUGAUGAACAAUGCAGCCUCCAUGGUGGGGUCUGUGACAAUGGAGUUUGUGAAUUCCGUUGCUCAGACUACGCAGGCUACACAUGUCAGAACAGCUCGACUCUUCUCUCCAGUCUCUCAGUUUGCAAAAAUGUACUGGAGAGUGACAUGUCUGGCCAACACUGUGCACCCAGUGAAUCAAGCAUACUUCAGCAGGUAGAAGAAGUUGUUGUCAUGCCAAACUAUCACCGAUUGUUCCCAGGUGGGGCCCGUAAGUUAUUUAAUAUCUUUGGCAGCAGUUAUUGCGACGCAGCUGCCAAGCGACUAGCCUGCUGGAUCUCUAUCCAAAAGUGUGACAAGGAUGGCGACAACAGGCUCCGGGUAUGCCAUUCAGCAUGCCAGUCCUAUAAUUUAGCUUGUGGAGCAUCACUUGACUGCUCGGACCAAACCCUCUUUAGCAGCGAGGAGGAAGGUGACGUUCAGUGCACGGGCUCUGGGGAGAUGAAAGUAUCAUGGUUUAAUCGUCUGCGGAGUAGUUUGUUUUCAAGUAAUACUUCGUCCGGAGGAAUGUCUGUAAAAUAUAGGCAUCUGUAGAUCUUUUUCCCCCCUUAAUUUUUUCCUAAUUUUGGGUUGUAAUUUUUCCACGGCUCAAUUGUAGUAGGAUAGGUGGCACGCAGUGCAAGUGCCCUAGAUGUAGAUUGUUCGUGGGCUUCACCCUCGUUUAAGGAAAUUGGGCGGGGAUUGGCUUUCAAAAAGGAAAGCCGCUUGUAGAGAGUAUUGGAAAUGUAUGAAGAAAGAAAACAAGAAGGAAAAAAAGAAAAAAGAAAAAGUAAAAAACUUUGUUGAGUGAUCAGCGGUUCGGCCGAAGGCCUUUAAAGAAAAGCCUCGUGUUUUCUCGAA